AUGGCUGAAGCGGACCAGGAAGUGCAGAUUGCAGCUGCUGGUGAUGAGGCUACCGAUGACGGACUAUCGGAAAUCUCGGCGGUCGCAUCGUCAAGUACCAGUGUUAGCAGCUCUCUUCUCGAAUACCGCAUUGAGAAUGGCAGAACCUACCAUCGGUACAAAGACGGCAAGGAGGAUUGGACCUACUCGAAGCCUUUCGACUACAUCCACAGUCGAUUGCUGACCUCGGCCGUCAGCGACUGGAAGAUAUACCUUACCAAGUGCUUUGAAAACCUGACACCAGGCGGCUGGCUAGAGCUUCAGGAAGCAGACGUUUGGCCCUUCUCCGAUGAUAACACGUUCCCCAAAGACAGCGCGUUCGCUAGGAUGGCAAUCUUGCUCAAGGAAGCGGCUGCGAAGAUGGGACGCCCCUGGUUUGACCUACCGUCCCUGAAGACUAUGAUGCUUGAGGUUGGCUUCGUGGACGUUAGAUUGAAACUCCACAAGUGGCCAAUCAACGACUGGCCUAAGGAUCAGCGAUACAAAAACAUCGGCACCUGGACGUACGAUAACGUCACUAACGGUUUGGAGGCUAUGGUAAUGGCGCCUUACACCCGCGCCCUCGAAUGGACGCGUAACGAGGUCAACAUCUUCCUCAUCGACGUGCGCAAGGAUCUGAAGAACAGACACUUCCACGCCUACUACCCGGUCUAUGUCAUCACUGGGCGUAAGCCCGAGAAGGAAGCCACGCCCGCCCCUCCCACCGCUGCAGCAGCGACAGAGCCUGCAACGGCCACAGAGUAA